AUGGGCAACUCGUGCCACGGCUCCAUCGUUCCCGCGGCCGGUGACGGCCGCCACCACUACCGCACCAGCUGCAGCAGCUCCGACUGGGACUCCGACUCCUCCUCCCCCGUCCUCGACCGCGCGCCGCACCGCAACACCAUCAUGGGCCGCGGAGCCGGCCACCAGCACCAGCUCUCCUCCCCGACGGCCGUGAUGGGCCACCAAACCCCGCUCCUGCGGGACCUCUACGAUGUCGGCCGCAAGCUCGGCCAGGGCCAGUUCGGCACCACCUACCUCUGCACCGAGAUCUCAACCGGCGUCGCCUUCGCCUGCAAGUCCAUCGCCAAGCGCAAGCUGCUGACGCCCGAGGACGUGGAGGACGUGCGGCGCGAGAUCCAGAUCAUGCACCACCUUGCCGGGCACGACAGCGUGGUCACCAUCAAGGGCGCGUACGAGGACGCGCAGUUCGUGCACAUCGUCAUGGAGCUCUGCGAGGGCGGCGAGCUCUUCGACCGCAUCGUCCAGCGAGGCUACUUCUCCGAGCGCCGCGCCGCCGAGAUCGCCCGCGUCAUCGUCGGCGUCGUCGAGGCCUGCCACUCGCUCGGGGUCAUGCACCGCGACCUCAAGCCCGAGAACUUUCUAUUGAAAGACAAGGAAGGUAACGGUGGUGACACCAACAACAACAAUGCCUCCGGCAACAAUGUUGAUGUUAAUGUUAACGAACCGGCCGGCGAGAAGAUCAACCUCAAGGCCAUCGACUUCGGCCUCUCCGUCUUCUUCAAGCCCGGCCAGAUCUUCACCGACGUCGUGGGCAGCCCCUACUACGUCGCGCCCGAGGUGCUCUGCAAGCACUACGGCCCCGAGGCCGACGUCUGGACCGCCGGCGUCAUCGUCUACAUCCUCCUUUCCGGCGUGCCGCCCUUCUGGGCCGAGACGCAGCAGGGCAUCUUCGACGCCGUGCUCAAGGGCGCCAUCGACUUCGACUCCGACCCGUGGCCCAACAUCUCCGACGGCGCCAAGGACCUCAUCCGGAAGAUGCUCAAGUCGCCGCCGGCGGAGCGGUUCACGGCGCACCAGGUGUUGUGCCACCCAUGGAUCAUCGAGAACGGCGAGGCCCCCGACGCGCCGCUGGACCCUGCUGUGCUCUCCAGGCUCAAGCAGUUCUCGGCCAUGAACCGGUUGAAGAAGAUGGCUUUACGUGUAAUCGCGCGCGGGCUGUCAGAGGAGGAGUUGGCCGGGCUCAAGGAGAUGUUCAAGACCAUGGACACGGACGGCAGCGGUGCCAUCACGUUCGAGGAGCUCCGGGAGGGGCUACGCCGUUACGGGUCCACCGAGCUCAGGGACUCAGAGGUGCGGGACCUCAUGGAGGCCGCUGACGUGGACCGUAGCGGUACCAUCGAUUAUGACGAGUUCAUCGCCGCCACCGUGCACAUGAACAAGCUCGACCGCGAGGAGCACCUCAUGGCGGCCUUCUCCUACUUCGACAAGGAUGGCAGCGGGUACAUCACCGUCGACGAGCUGGAGGUGGCGUGUCGCGAGCACAACAUGGCCGACGUCGGCAUCGACGACAUCAUUAGGGAGGUCGACCAGGACAACGAUGGUCGGAUCGACUACGGGGAGUUUGUGGCCAUGAUGAAGAAGGGGAUCAUUGGCAACGGUAGGCUUACCAUGAGGCACACCUCCGACGGUAGCAUCCUCCACGGAGCAGGCAGCAGCCUCAGCAGCUAG